AUGGAGAAUCAUGGGCAUAAUCCAAAUCCGCGAGCAAAUCCAAGGAGUUUCUCGAUUAUGGCUAUCCCUGAUUCGCCUUCGCCUCCUUCCUCGCCUCCGCCUCCGCUGGUUUUGGCGCCACCUGUUGUUGAUGAUGAGCAGCCUCACCAGGAGGAGCAGGCUGAUCGGGAAGUCGCCGCCGUGAGCGAGGUUGUUGUUGGCAGCGGGAGUACUGGAGCUGCAGGUUCUUCAAACCACGGUGGCGACGGUGGUUCCGGUGGAGGGAGUGGCCAUUGAUGGAUAAGAGACUUGAGAGGUCGCCAUCGAUGCAAUUGCAGUUUUGUUUGGACGUUUAAUUUUGCUUCUCUUAUUGCUCGGCUUUAAUUUCUUUCUUGGCUGUCUGUCCGUGUCCAUGUUUACCAGACAAUAUGCUUAUGAUUCCGUU